ACCUCCACCCAGUGUGCGUGAGCUUUUGCAAGGAAGAUAAUAGUGGAAAUAGGGCAGGUUCGGGGACUGGAUAUAAUUGUCUUGUUGGCAUGAAUUAUUCUAUGUGCAUGAUUUCUAAAUUAUUGCGGUGCUGCACACAACCCUGAUCUGCUUUCUAGAACGGUGGAUCUACCAACAAGCUCACCGUGGGUUUGUAACCAUUGCAACCUGCGCUCGUGCUUAACUUCGGAAACUAUGAAGAGUCGAUUUCGAGACGCACAAGAAUGUUACAAUUCAGUGGUAACUGUUCCUUGCCAUAGGAUCGUUAGCUGUAUAUGAGUAGCAUAUGUGUCGUGACUUAACAGUAACACUGAUUUUCAAUGGUUGUAGUGCCCACUAUCUUGGUUUAUUAUUGCAGAUUGCACAAUUUCAUGCGAAACCAGACAUGAAUAUACAGGAGGUUGAUCCACAUCACCAGACUGUUUACCUGUGUUGAAAUAUCUUGCAUGCCUUGUGCAUAGAAUGUAUGUGAGGAAACGUGCGUAAUGUUGACUUUGGAUGUAUGGAGAUGUCGAGCAACUGAGGAUCCAUAAGAACACAUAAGAGUGAUUGUCAACCAAAACAGACAUUGAAAAAAUGAGUCAAGAUGAAGGGAUAUCAUUGUCGGUUCCUUCCUUUGGUCCUGGCUCGGGCACUGAGGGUGCCUGCGGGGACUCUGCUGGCUCCCGGGAAGAGAGCGUGAGCGGUGUCCCCAUUCCCGCGGCUGGGACAUUCUGGCACGACUCGGUGGUCAGCGGAAGCAUCAUUCCUAAUAUUCUGAGCUGCCCGAAGGACAGUGGCGGCUUGUUGUCUACGGUGAAAUGUAAAAGCAGGGCUGUCACGGUGGCAUAUGUCGUCAACAGCGAGCUCACACAGCCGCACACCGCAGAGAACAUGGCCCUGCAUUGCCUGAAAGACGCUUGCGACUCCGUGGGAAGUAAACUGGAAAUCAUACACUUUGGAAAGAUCGACUUUGGAGAGACGUGUGUGCUUGACCAGUUCUAUAAUGCAGACAUAGCUGUGGUGGAGAUGACGGACGCUUUCCGCCAGCCCUCCCUGUUCUACCACCUGGGUGUGAGGGAGAGCUUCAGCAUGGCCAACAACAUCAUCCUGUACUGUGACACCAACUCUGACUCGCUUCAGUCCCUGCAGGAUAUUAUUUGCCAGAAGAACACUACAUGCUCAGCCAACUACAGUUUCAUCCCGUACAUGGUGACACCGCACAACAAGGUGUACUGCUGCGAGAGCAGCCUGAUGAAGGGCCUGACAGAGCUGAUGCAGCCCAGCUUCGAGAUGCUGCUGGGACCAAUCUGCAUGCCCCUGCUGGACCGCUUCAUCCAGCUGUUCAAGGUGCCCCAGGCUAACUCCUGCCAAUACUUCAGAGAAACCAUUCUCAACGAGAUUCGGAAAGCGCGGGAAUUGUUCACAGGGAUGGAGCUGGCCUCAGAACUCAGCCGAAUUCAACAACGAUUGGACAACGUAGAGUGCCUUUCAGCUGACAUCGUCAUCAACCUGCUUCUGUCCUACAGGGACAUCCAGGAUUAUGAAUCCAUAGUGAAGCUGGUGGAGACCUUGGAGAAGCUUCCUACAUUUGACCCUGUGGCCAAUCCCCAUGUCAAGUUCCACCAUGCCUUUGCACUGAAUCGGAGGAACCUCCCGGGGGACCGUCAGAAGGCCCUGGACAUCAUGCUGCCCCUGGUGAAGGCUGACAACCAGGUGGCCUCAGACAUCUACUGCCUGGUGGGACGCAUCUACAAGGACAUGUUCCUGGAGUCCCACUUCGCUGACAAAGAGAGCAGGGACAGUGGCACGGCCUGGUUUAAGAAGGGGUUUGAGUCUGAGCCGACACUACACUCUGGCAUCAACUACGCCGUUCUACUCCUGGCAGCGGGACACCAGUUUGACGCCUCCUUCGAGCUCCGCAAAGUCGGAGUGAAGCUGAGCAGCCUACUGGGGAAGAAGGGCAGCCUGGACAAGCUGCAGAGCUACUGGGAUGUGGGUUUCUUCCUGGGGGCUAGCAUCCUGGCCUGUGACAACACCAGGGUCAUACAGGCUUCCGAGAAACUCUUCAAAUUGAAGGCCCCUGUCUGGUAUCUGCGCUCUCUUGUGGAGACCAUCCUGAUUUACCAGCACUUCAAAAAGCCCUCUGUGGAGCAGCCACCCCCCAAACAGGAACUGGUGGACUUCUGGAUGGACUUCCUGGUGGAGGCCACAAAGAAAGACGUCUCGUCUGUCCGCUUCCCAGUGUUGAUAUUGGAGCCCACUAAAGUCUAUCUGCCUUCGUACUUGUCCAUAAACAACGAUGUGGAGGAGAACACUGUCUCCAUCUGGCAUGUUUCCCCUGAUGACAAGCACAGGGGGGUCCAUGAGUGGAACUUCAGGGCCAUGUCAGUACGGGGUGUCAGUAUUUCCAAGUUUGACGAGCGCAGUGCCUUCCUGUAUGUGCUGCACAACUCAGAGGACUUUCAGAUCUACUUCUGCACAGAGAUGCACUGCAAAAGGUUCUGUGAUCUGGUCAACAGCAUUGCAGAGGAAGCAUGGAAAGGCCCGGAAGAGGGGGAGUGUGACAUUGACGCCCUAGAGUACGACUAUGAGUAUAAUGAGCACGGAGAGAGGGUGGUUCUGGGAAAAGGGACGUUUGGAGUGGUGUACGCCGGCCGGGACCUUAGCAACCAGGUGCGGCUGGCCAUCAAGGAGAUACCGGAGAGAGACAGCAGGUACUCUCAGCCCCUCCAUGAGGAGAUUGCCCUUCACAAACAUCUGAAGCACAAGAACAUUGUGCAGUACUUGGGCUCCAUCAGCGAGAAUGGUUUUAUCAAGAUCUUCAUGGAGCAGGUUCCCGGAGGAAGCCUGUCUGCUCUGCUGAGGUCUAAAUGGGGCCCUCUGAAGAACAACGAACCCACCAUCGGCUUCUACACCAGACAGAUCCUGGAGGGACUCAAAUACCUCCAUGACAACCAAAUUGCUCACAGAGACAUCAAGGGUGAUAAUGUGCUUAUAAACACAUAUAGCGGAGUUCUGAAGAUAUCUGACUUUGGAACCUCUAAAAGGCUGGCUGGGAUCAACCCCUGGACUGAGACUUUCACUGGAAGCCUGUCUGCUCUGCUGAGGUCUCAAAUGGGCCCUCUGAAGAACAACAACCCACCAUCGGCUUCUACAACCAGACAGAUCCUGGAGGGCGACUCAAAUACUCCAUGA